AACACAAACAACCACAAGAAAACCACAAAACCAAGAUGGCGGUGCAAGAGACAGCAUCUCAACUGUCCAUGGCUCUUAAAGUCCAAGAAUAUCCCACCCUGAAGGUCCCGUAUGAGACUCUGAACAAACGUUUCAGAGCGGCUCAGAAAAACAUCGACCGGGAGACAAGUCACGUGACCAUGGUGGUUGCAGAGCUGGAGAAGACACUGAGCAGCUUCCCAGUGGUGGACUCUGUGGUGUCACUGCUGGACGGCGUGGUGGAGAAACUCAGUGCCCUGAAGAGGAAGGCGGCCGAGUCCAUCCAGGCGGAGGAUGAGAGCGCCAAGCUGUGCAAGCGUCGCAUCGAGCAUUUGAAGGAGCACAGCAGCGACCAGCCGGCCUCCGUCAACCUGUGGAAGAAGAAACGCAUGGACCGCAUGAUGGUGGAGCAUCUGCUGCGCUGCGGAUACUACAACACCGCCGUUAAACUGGCCAGACAGAGCGGUAUAGAGGAUCUGGUGAACAUUGAGAUGUUUCUCACAGCUAAAGAGGUGGAAGAAUCUCUGGAGAGACAGGAGACGGCUACCUGCUUAGCCUGGUGCCACGACAAUAAGUCCCGUCUGCGCAAGAUGAAGAGUUGUCUGGAGUUCAGUCUGAGAAUCCAGGAGUUCAUUGAGCUCAUCAGACAAAACAAACGCAUGGAUGCAGUCAGACAUGCAAGAAAACACUUCAGCCAAGCAGAGGGAGGGCAGCUGGAUGAGGUUCGGCAGGUGAUGGGUAUGCUGGCCUUCCCAUCCGACACACACAUCUCUCCAUACAAGGACCUUCUGGAUCCAGCUCGCUGGAAGAUGCUGAUUCAGCAGUUCCGCUACGACAACUACAGACUGCACCAACUGGGAAACAACUCCGUGUUCACUAUCACCUUACAGGCUGGAUUGUCUGCCAUUAAGACACCUCAGUGCUACAAGGAGGACGGUACCUCGAAGAACCCAGACUGCCCUGUGUGCAGUAAAUCCUUAAACAAGUUGGCUCAACCUCUACCCAUGGCUCACUGUGCCAACUCCAGACUAGUCUGUAAGAUCUCUGGAGAGGUGAUGAAUGAAAACAACCCUCCGAUGAUGCUGCCGAAUGGAUACGUCUACGGCUACAAUUCCCUUCUGUCUAUUCGCCAAGACGACAAAGUGGUGUGUCCCAGAACCAAAGAAGUCUUCAACUUCUCUCAGGCUGAGAAGGUCUACAUCAUGUGAUCGCACAGAUGAGCGGUCUGAGUGACCACGUACGGCCCUUCGUCCAUCACCUGUGACUUGGCCCACUCAGAGAGCCACCUGUGGAGCUGUGAUCCAGUGCCCUUUCCCCCCCUCCCCCACUCAGAGACACACCGACCCCCCUCCUCUCCAAACCAUGAUUGUCUCCAGUCAGCCGAUUCUACAACCCUUCUCUUCCCCGUCCCCUUCUAUCCCACAGAAACUGGGCUCUUCUCCCUUCAGACUCUUAGAUGUGGCUAGAAAACAGUUUGUUUGAUCUGUUCAAGCACAUGGACUAUCAACAUUGUCAUUAUAUUACAGGCCUUCACUCUGACCAGUAGAGACUAGAGAAAAGGACUGAGGGUGGAAAAUCCGCUAGGUAGAUGUUUGAUUUUACGACAACAAAUAAAAACUUGUUGAGGUUACUUUGAUGUUUAUUUUCUUUCCCUAGUGGUGUUCUUUUGUAACUUGAAUAACAUGUUGCAGGACUUUAUUAACUCCGUAUCACAAUACUUACAGAUUAUUAACACAUGAGACUUCGAACAUGACUGAUCACGUGGCUGCAUCGUAUCCUGUGAUGCAUGCUGUGCUGUGUUUGUGGUGGAUUUUCAGGGAGACAUUGAUAAUAUUGAUGAUGAUGAUAACUGUCUCUGUUGAACUGCCUACUUUUUGCAUUUCAUUCCCCCUCUCGACUGUGAAACUGGAGCCUGGUUUGGGCUCCUUUUCAAAUGUAAAUAUUAGGUAGGGAUUGAGAAUCCUCAUGUAAAUUCAGGGGGUGUCGGGACAGGUAACAACAACAAUCAUUUACCUUCUAAGAAGAUUGCUGUGUGAACAAAAAGAUAAGUCUUAUUUGUUGUAAACCUGGUAUAACCCACUGUCCCCACAUUGAGUGUAAACCUAGUGCUUCUUAUGAACUUAGUUACAUGCAUUAUGGUAUAUGUCCUGCCAUAAUGAAAUUCACGCAAUAUCCAAACAGGGAGAACAUUUUUGUUUUUUAAUGAACAUUGUCUUCCUUUGAUGUGUGCGAGGUUUGGUCGUCUGGGUUCUCUACUUUAUUUCAGCAAAAACAAAGACCUAAUUUUAGUAAAAUUUGGAUUUGAUCUGUAGAUUUUUAAGUCAAGCAAUUAAUUGCCUACAUCUUUUAUUUUAAUUUCACAAAUAUUUCUUUCAGCAAUGAAUCAAGAAGGACUAUGGAGAUACUCUUCACUCUUAAGAUUCAGUUGUAAAUUCUGCAGGGUUUAUGUAGCAUUGAAAAUACACCAACCUCUUUAGUAUCACAUGGCUUCAUGCACCAUGUCUGCCUUUUUUGCCACAUGCACUGAGGUAAAUCUCAGCUAGGCUGCUGGUUUUAAAUAUCCUGCCUUUUCUUAGGAACUCAGAAGGAAAACCCGCCUUUGGUCAUCAAAACAACAUGCUUCAUCCUCAUCUUUUAUGACUUAGGAAAACACUGUUGAUGAUAAAUGGGCUGGGAAUAUGAUCAGACCAAAGGUACAAAUAUGGAUUAAUAGGGAAAGAAAGUUGACUUACCUGAAAACAAAUGCACAAAUACCCCUGAAAUUGUGAAAAUACAACCUUCAACGCCCUUAUGAAGCAGUCUGCUUCUUUAUGUUGAACAUGUUCAGUCUUGUGCUCAGUCAUUUCUUCCAUCUAUUGUUUAUUGGCAAACCCAAAGUUGCCUCAUUUGUGACCAUUACUGAUUUUGGAACUGUAACUGUAAGGACACAGCCUGUCCUGUGUGUUUGUGUUGGUAGAUUAGAUCAAGGGAUUGUUUCAUGAGCAAUAUGUCUCAUAAAGAUUUCAAAGAAAUUGGA